AUGUCAAAAAAAGUUGAAAGGUACUACCUGCUUCCUGGAGAGCAUGAGCCAGAUUCGUAUCGUUCUUUCAAAAGUAAAAAUUUUAAUCCAAAGGUUAUGUUUAUGGCUGCUGUAGCACGUCCUCGAUUCGAUGAAAAUGGAAUUGAGUUGUUUUCUGGAAAAAUAGGUAUUUUUUCGUUUGUAGUUAAGGAACCAUCUAAGCGGAAUAGCAAAAAUCGAACAACAGGAACUAUUGAAACAAAGCCCAUUCAGUCAGUAACUAAAGAUAUCACUAGAGCUUGCUUGAUAGAGAAAGUUCUUCCUGCUAUUACAGCAAAAUGGCCAACUUCUGAUUUAAAUAAUCCUAUCUUUUUACAACAAUAUAAUGCAAGGCCACAUAUUGGUAACAAUGAUUUGGAAUUUAUUGAAGCUGCCCGACAAGAUGGAUUUGACAUUAGAUUAGCAAUCAAAAGUCUUCAAUAUCAAAAGGCCCCUAAAAAUGUUGAUGAAUUAGUGGAAGCAGUGGAAAGAUCUUUUGAUGAAAUGAAAGCAAAACAACUCAAUCAUGUAUUUCUUACUUUACAAUCUUGUAUGAUUGAGGUGAUGAAAGAUAGUGGCGGCAAUAAUUACAAAGUGCCUCAAUUGAACAAAAAUGGACUAGAAAGAGAAGAAAACCUUCCUCUCCAACUUCAUUGUGAUAUUGAUAUCGUCAAUAAAGAUUUGGCUCUACUUCAACAAUGA